AUGAAAGAUGUUCAAAUACAAAACGGUGUGAUGUCUUUCAAUGAUCUACAAGUAGAAGCUGACGGUGUUCAAUAUAGUGUCGACAAGAGAUCAGAGCAGCAUAGCAGUGAUGUGUCAGGACGAGUGGUUCACCACCCGGAACUGGCCAAGUCCAUCGACCGAUCGAUCGAUCCUUGUAAAGACUUUUAUUCUUUUGUUUGCAAUGGAUGGAUCCAAUCACAUCCAAUACCGGAAGAUGAGUUCGAAUAUACUCAAAACGAACUUCUUAAGGAUACUAUCAUUAAAAGAGUCAAAGGUAUACUAGAAACAUUGCCUCCUUAUGUAACACGGGAAGACAACCUUAUGCGAAUUUUCUAUCAUAAAUGUAUUCGUAAUACACUUCAACCAGAUAACAACGGAAUGUCAAUGCUAUUCGCAAAAAUGAGGUAA